GGCAAUACCAAAACCCACUUCCCGCAGGGAGUGGAAGAAAUUUGUUUCUCUCAAAUAGUGAGGGAAACUCUUUUUGAACCUCAGUUUUCUUAUCCGUGAAAUGAGGGAAAUCGGAUUAAUCCGUAUCAAGAUGACAACCUCACAAAAGCACCGAGACUUCGUGGCAGAGCCCAUGGGGGAAAAGCCAGUGGGCAGCCUGGCCGGGAUUGGUGAAGUCCUGGGAAAGAAGCUGGAGGAAAGGGGCUUUGACAAGGCCUAUGUGGUCCUUGGCCAGUUUCUGGUGCUAAAGAAAGAUGAAGACCUCUUCCGGGAAUGGCUAAAGGACACAUGUGGCGCCAAUGCAAAGCAGUCCCGGGACUGCUUCGGGUGCCUUCGAGAGUGGUGUGAUGCCUUCUUGUGAUGCUCUCUGGGGAGCCCCCAAUCCCUAACACCAGUCUUGAGUCUCCAGAGUUUGCAGCUGAGUGGGGGCUACUCCCUUGUCCUCUACAAAGGAAACGAUUGCUGUCUACACACCUCUGAUGUCCUCCAGGGUCUUUGGGGGAGUUCUCUCCCCUCACCAUUUCAACUUUUUUGGAAUUCCUGCUCUUGCAUGUCCCUUCUCCUUCCCCUGCCAGUUUUAGAUCAGUUGUUAACCAGCUUUUCUGAGUGAAUUUCUGGCCCCCACCCUCACCCCCACUCUCACCUCUGGUCUGUUUUAUGCCAUUUGGCUUCUCUUUUGGCAGGACAGUCACUGUCCAUAUAAAGUUUUUUAAGUCAAUAAAGUCAGUGGCCUUCAA